AUGUUUCGAGAUAUACGUUGGCUCAGCAGUCGUCGACAACAGUUUAUUGCUCUUUCUACCGAACAGAUGGCAUUUUAUGAAGAUGUUGGUGAGGUCCGACCAAAGUUGCUUCGAUGUUUACCAUUCAACCAAGCCAAUGAACUGGGAUAUCUGCAAUGUUUCGAUCUAAGCCCUUUGUCUGAUGAGGCUUUAGCAUUGGGUUAUGAGAAUGGCAAAGUGGUGAUAACUAAGGUAGCUGCUGAGCCAGAUAUUAGGAAUCUGAUCGACACUGUGGAAUUAGUGUGUGAUUUUCCGAAGUCAAUUACUUUCUUAAACUUCAGUUCUGUAACAGAUGCUUAUUUGGCUGCAUGUUUAGAAGGUGGACGUUCUCAAGAUUAUACUGUCUGUGUUUAUGACAUCAGCAGUCCGAAAAGUCAUAUUUUUUAUGUUAACUGCAAUGAACGUGUAAUGGAUUUAACUUGGCUCAGGAAUGAUCCGAGUAUGUUAUGCUUGGGAUGUUCGCGCUCAAUAAAAUUUUUCGAUAUACGAGAAUGCGCACGACCAGUUUGCUCCGUGCCUGUUUCAAAUCAGGUGCGAAGCAUAAGUGCUGGUGAUGUACAUUUUUGCAUUGCUUGUAUCAUUGACGAUUUUGCUUGUAUAUACGAUCGGAGGCAUUUGAAAUCUCCCUUACAUAGAAUGCAAGUUUCCUACUUUAAAAAGAAUGACGCUGGUGCAGUGAAAAUAUUAUGGAAUCCUCAUUCCCCAACUUGCUUGUCCUGUUUUCGCCGUAAUUCUAGGGUUGUUACAGAACUUAUAUCACCAUGUGAAAGCAUUUUGGAGCAUAGCAUAGCAGAAAUUCUAAGUUUUCCAAUGUCGGACGCAAUUGAUUUGGUUCAAAGCGGGUUUCGUAGCUCUCGAUAUUCAGAGGAUACCAGCUUCAUGAAGUUAUCACAUCCAUAUUUGGAACUGAAUUAUAAGUUCUUUGGCAUUUCGAGAGUUUCUGGGUUUACCUGGCAUCCUGAAAAUUGUGAUCGGUUGUUAGUGGUGGCACCAGACGGAGGGCAUGGCGCGUUUGAAAUCAGGCUUGCUACGGUUAACAAGUUUGUAACAGGCGAUUAUUCAUCGCAAGGCUUUGUCGCUCAUGCUUCCGGUUGUCAGCUUUAUGUGCGUAAUGCAGAUCCAAUUGUAACCGAUGAAUCAGCAGAUAUAUCGUUUGUGAUGAAAAGUCGUGCUGCCAGAAAUUUUGGUUCUCCUCCAAGCAUAACUUUGGAAGCAUAUACACGAUCUUGCAAAGAGAUUAUUGAUUGCUGUCCGUAUUCAACAUCUGAAGUGAAAUGGCUCUGGAAAUGGAUACGUCACAUGAUUAGUAUUGUGGACUGGAAACCGUGCAUCUAUGGAACAUUGUUUCCGGGUGUUAUGGAUAUAAUGGAACACAGUUUAGAUCCUGACAAAGAUGAACUUACUACGGAACGAAUAUUCGUUUUUGAUCCAUUUCUUGGGCGCAUCAGAUUGUACAGAGGGAAAGAACGAGAUCGAGUGCUUCGGAUGUGCGGCUGGCCUGCUCUUGGUGACAUCGUACAACUCGAUGCAUUUAUUGACGAAAAUAUUGUAGAAAGGAGGACACAAAGUCGAGCAGUAGCGGCAGCACUGAUUACAGCUAAUUCAUCCAGGAUGGAAAAAAUUUUAAAUUCGAUGUUGGAGAAGGCCAGAGAGUCAAAUGAUGAAGGCUUGCUGGAGAUGGAAGCUUUUCAAGAAGCUUUGCAGCAUUACCGAGAGCUUCCAGAACAAUGGAAGUCGUUUUCUGGAAGUCUCAGGAGCACUGUCAAAGAUCCAUAUUUCACUAUGAUCAUAACAUUUCUGGAUGGUCGUUGUGAUAAUUUUUCCAACCUCCACUGCAUUAUACAUCAGCAGUUGAGUUAUACAUCUUAUUACGAUCAGUAUUUUAUGAAGUCAAUGAAGGAGUUAUUCACGGAUGCGUGUUUAUAUCGAACACUUUUCGGUUUACUCAUCAUCGGUAUCUCGUAUGAAAAGGCUACUCAUGACUUAUUGUCACAAUACGUGGAUUACACGGGAGACAUACAAACAGCUACAGUUUUGUUAGUGGUGGGACGCUGUUUUAUGAAGGAACCAUCGUGGCCUGUAGCUUAUUCAACUGAAGAGGUUGCUAGCAUUGAUUUCGACUUACAAACUGUUGAAGACAAUGAAGUAUGCAAUGAAUUAGAUGGACAUAUCAGACGAAGUUACACCAUUGUAUGUGAUUAUCUAGAUAUGCUGAACAUAUGGGGUAUGUGGGUUCAAAGGGCUCGUCUUGAUUGUAUACUUGGAUGGAGACGGGAUGCUAUUUUGCUGGAAUCAAGAAUUAAUCAAAAUACUGUGCAGAUUGACUUUCAGGCUGAAAUUUGUUGUCAAUUUUGUCCGCAGAAUAUCACAUUGGAUAAGUCGGAUAUUUCGGCAACUUCCGUGCCAUCUGCAGUACUCGUACCUGCAACCCGAUCGAAUAUUUCUACAACGUCAUUAGCUUCUCCGUCGAUCCCAGCUCGAGAAAUGGCAUGUCCCCAUUGCUUGAAGCCACUUCCAAAAUGCAUACUGUGUCGUAGGCACAUGGGUUCAUAUGUUCAGACAGAGUGUCACGAACUUGGCCACUUAUCUUCUUGGUUCACCUGGUGUCAGAAAUGCCGUCACGGAGGUCAUAUGGCACAUUUAUGGCACUGGUUCAAUGGUCAUGCGGAAUGCGCAGCAAGCGGUUGUUUAUGUAAUUGCAAAAUGGAAGAUAUCGAUAUUGUCGGAUUGAAUGUUGACCCACCGCAGCCCUGUUUAUUUUGUGAGGAUGCGUGCUAA